AAAGGAGCCGGACCAGCUCCUGCUCUGCACCGGGAUCACCCUAAGGAUCAGAACAUGUCCUGCUCCUCUGACACCAGCCCUUGCCCUGCCAGCAACUGCUGUGGGGCAGUUAAUGGUCAGUUAAUGAUUAUCCCUGCCCUGGUCCUGCUGCUGCCCUGCCUGGCAGAGAGUGCGCUGGGGUGGGACACAGGAUACUGGGGCACAGGAUGACACUGGGAGGCAGGAUGAUACUGGGAGGCAGGAUGCUGCUGCCGGUGCUCGUGGCACUGCUGGGCCCUGCUGGCUGCCCCGGGACCGAGCCCCCGAGCGGGUCUGCCCAGGACUCCCCCUUCCAGGGGGCGGAUCGCUACGAUUUUGCCAUCGUCAUCCCUGCCGGCGCCGUGGAGUGCUUCUGGCAAUUCGCACGCCGGAGUGGCAGCUUCUUCUUCAGCUACGAGGUCCAGCGGGCGACGGGGAUCGGCAACGACAGGAAUGUCCGGGCCACGGCGAGUGACCCCAGCGGUUUCCAGCUCGGCGCGUCCCAGCACGUGCGGGGACAGAUCAGCUUCCCCACCAAGGAGACAGGGUUUUACCAGCUGUGCCUGGACAACCAGCAAAACCACUUUGGCUUCAUGCAGGUGUAUCUGAGCUUUGGUGUCUACUAUGAAGGCUUCACUGUUGAAAACAAGCAGCUGGGAGAGAGGAAAGAGCUGAACGACACCCUGGAGGCAAUUGGGUUCAGCACCCAGAAGCUGCAGCGCCACAUCUUCCACAUGUGGCGGUUCUACAACUUUGCCCGGAUGCGGAAAGGGGCCGACUCCUUCCUCCUGGAGUCCAACCAGAGCUACAUCAACUGGUGGUCGAUGGCUCAGAGCUGCGUCAUCGUCCUCUCCGGGCUCCUGCAGCUCCACUGCUUGAAGCGCCUGCUCAACGCGCAGCCCUCGGGCAGACGGCAGUGCUAAAGCAGCGCCCGGAGCCGCGGCAGGACCAGCGCCCGCUGCUGCUGCCCACAGCGCUCCGUCAGCGAGCUGCUCGCUGCAAAGCGGGACGGGCUGGAUCCUGCUGCCAGGAGGGAGCGUUGUUGCUGCUCCUGCCUCCAGCUCUGGCCCUGCCUCUGCUGAAAUGACCCCGACAGAAAAGUGUGAAGUGAUUGCCUGAGCUCUGUGUGCUGUGUGCUCUCUGUGUUCAUUGAAUCCCUGCCUCUCUGUGUCCCAAUGUGCUUUUUCUGCCAGAACUCCAAUAAAGGAGUC